GAUAUAAAAGGCCCACCGCGCCGUUCUCCGCGUCUUCUGCGUUGUGUCCUGCUACGGUGGAGUUCGUGUGUCCUGCACCGGAGCACGGCUCCGCCAGUCAUGGAGAAGAAGGCCGUGUGCGUGCUGAAGGGCCAAGGCGAUGUGGAGGGCGUCAUCCACUUCGUGCAGAAGGGAGAUGGGCCAGUCAUGGUAUCAGGAACCAUUAAAGGAUUGACUGAGGGCGAUCAUGGAUUCCACGUCCAUCAAUUUGGAGAUAAUACACAAGGCUGUACCAGUGCAGGUCCUCAUUUUAAUCCUCUGUCCAAAAAACAUGGUGGGCCAAAGGAUCAAGAGAGGCAUGUUGGAGACCUGGGCAAUGUGACUGCUGGCAAAGAUGGUGUGGCUGUUGUGUCUAUGGAAGAUCCUAUGAUUGCCCUCUCAGGAGAACAUUCCGUCAUUGGCCGCACAAUGGUGGUCCAUGAAAAGCAAGAUGACUUGGGCAGAGGUGGAAAUGAAGAGAGUACAAAAACGGGAAACGCUGGAAGUCGUUUGGCUUGUGGUGUAAUUGGGAUCGCCAUGUAAACAUUACCUAGGCUGUGAUCUGAAUCCUACUUACUCAUGUUAUUUUGCUAGUUGUAGAAAUUUAACUUGAUAAACAUUGAACAUUGUAAUCUUAAAAGUGUAAUUUGCUUGACUUUUUAAAUAUUGCUUUAAGUACCUGUAAUGAGAACUGGUUUAUCAUUUGGAAGAUUUGUAUAAUUUUAUAAAAACUCAUUCAGUUAAAAUGUGUUUAAGUGAUCUCUGUAGUUUGCCACUUAAUUCACGUAUGGGUAUUAAACUUAAUUGUCUGAACCUCUUUGUUCUUAUUCAAGCCUGCAAUAAAUACACCUUAUAUGGCACUAUA